UUCGGUGACCGGAUUGAGCUACAGGAUCCCCGCAACCAACUAAAGGGAUUGCCGACAGAUGCAGGAAUUUCGGAAAUACGUUCAUCGCCCGACGACAUUUCGGGAUUGAAAAAACUCCAGGACGACCUCAGAAAGAAGCGAUUGGGGAAGGAAGAAGAAUCCCUGCAGACGGCGACGCCUUUGCUCGAAAAUGUGGCUGCAGAACAGAAGAUGAAAACGGGGCACGAGAAACCGUCUGGAGAAAAUCAGGAAAUCCUGGAGAAACUGGAGGAACGGAUCGAACGCGUGAAGAAAGUGGAUAAACCCGGCGCCGCCCCAUCUCAAAAUGAGCCGGAACUUCUCAAACACUCAAGCAAUUCUGUCCGUGAGCUGAGGAGUGUCCCCGAUUCGGAGGAUAUCGUGCCAAUAUUGUUGAGAAAAUUUGAAGAGUUUGCCGACGACAACGCCCAACUCAAAUUUGACAAUGCACAAUUCAAGCUUGACAUUGCACAAUUGAAACGUGAGAAUGCCAACUUGAAGCAAGACAAUGAAAAUCUCAAAUCCCACCAGCAGGAAAAAGACAACGAUCUUAAACUUCGAGAGCACACCGUGGAAGAAAGACUCCGAUAUCUGGAAGCUAUCACGAGACAAAUUACGCCCCGAACGUGCCAGACCCUAGCAGACCUUGGGGUGACGCUCUCUGGAACCUACCUCGUGGACCCGGAUGGCGUUUUCAUCGGGGAUCCACCCAUUCAAGUACUCUGUGACAUGGGAACAGAUCCAGUAUCCACCAUCGUCCUACACGACUCGAUGGAAAACACGGAGAUAGAUCAUUGCCCUGACCCUGGCUCUUACAGUCGCAGUAUUACCUAUGAUGCAUCCCUGAAACAGAUAAAGGCAUUGAUCGACCAGUCGGAGUCAUGCGAGCAGCAAAUAACAUACAACUGUUUCACGAUUGCCCUGACUACUAAUGACGUACAUUACGCUUGGUGGAUGGACCGUCACGACGAACCUCAAUAUUACUGGGAUGGUUCACACGCUGGGGAACACGUAUGCAACUGUGGCCUCACUGGGGACUGCAUCGACCCCAUUGUGCCGUGCAACUGCGAUGCGGAGGCCCCCCAAUGGGAGUCGGAUGUCGGAGCAAUCACCAACGGGACAGCACUGCCCAUUACCGAGUUGCGAUUCGGGGGAUUUCGGAUGGACUUGGAGGAGACGGACCCGGAGUUUCAGGUGGAGACCAGUGCCCGUCUUUCGGGAGAAGUCGUUUAUUUCAACGCCUAUGGAACGUCGGGAAGUGAGGACAGCGUGCUCCACUUCGACGGAACCGAAGUGAAC